GGGUAAUGCAAUCAAAUCUAGGCGAGCGCAGAAUUCGUGUUUGAGUUAUUAUCAUGCGUUCCUUUCGUAAUUUUCUUCACGGCAAGCCAAUAUCGUCGCCAGCAGCAACAAUCACCCGCUUACGACCCUUGUUUUGUACGAGAGUGUUCGUCGCAUUUCACACCAACUCAGUAACAAGGCCUCAAUCAACAUUACUGCUGCCCACAGCUUUACGCACAAUGUCUACCAACGCCACCAAUCUCAACCAGCCUUCAGAGACGGCACAGGCGCAGAUGCAAUCGAAUGAUGGCGAUAGCUCAUCAUUCUCGUCCCUUGGCAUCAGGAACAAUAACAUCAAUGAGGCUGAAGGGGUGAAGCUGUCUGACAAGCAGAAAGUCAUUGUCGGAAGUGUGCUUGAUCUUUUCGAGGGGAACCCGACCCUCAAGCACUUUUCGCUUUGGAAUCCAGAAGCUAUAUUUGAAGAUCCCAUCACCAAGGCGGCAGGAGAAUCCAAAUACAAGGCACAAUGGUAUGGUCUACCUGCUGUCUUCCAUCCGAUAAAGCUACAGUCUCACAAGGUAAUCGAUUCGGGUAACCCAAUACGUCUCGAGGUGUCCAACAAGUACGUGGUCCGAGGCAUCGGCAAGGAGCAGGUCAUGAACAGCGUCGUUGAGGUUUUCUUAAACGACCAGAACGGCCGGAUCGACAAGGUUCUCGACAAAUGGAAUGGCAAACUACCCGAGAACGUCGUUGCCGACGCGUUCCGCAAGCUGAACGCCGUGACUGUUCCUAUGUUCGUGACAGUCCCCAAGACGGAAGAGGAGGAUAUGAAGAUCAAGGCGGCUAGAGACAAGGAGAACGAGAAGAACUAAAUAGGUGGUGAGUUGGGUGCUCAAAUGGAAACGAUUGUGAAUUUAGUUCCCUUGGGAUGCUUUCUCUUCAUAGCAUUAUCAAAGCAACGUUGUUCUCGUUGAAUAGUUGGAGACGUCUUUCACACAGAUGAAACUAAAUACAAGGCGCGUCGCUUGCUUACUCGUACAGA